AAGAGAAAAUAUCAAAUACGAGUAUCAUAUAACUACACCUACUUGGUCUACACGGAAUCCAAUAAUCUAUAAAAGUAUUGGUAAAUUGAUGUGUUUUUCUGACUGCAUUUAUGUUCGAAAUGAAUUCGCAUGUUGAGAGUAAUGUUGUUGAUAUAGAGAUUCCUUGUUUUGUGUUUUUUGCGCUAACCCCCCUGUUUCUAUCUAUACGGAUACUAUCUCGACUAAAAACUGGCUCCGGGAUUGGAUGGGAUGAUGGGACGAUCAUAGUCUCAUGGGCCUUCGCGCAGACCGUCUCGGGACUUUUAAUAGCCGCCUGUAAACACGGGUUCGGACAGCAUAUAUAUAAUAUUCCAGCUCAAGAUCAAACGUUGGCGCUAAAGCUCUACUAUGUUGCCCAGGCAUUCUACAAGCUCACGUUAAACCUAACUAAGGCGUCUAUCCUCCUAUUAUAUCUCCGCAUUUUCCUUCAGCGAUGGUUCAGGAUCUCAUGUUAUGUCUUGCUGGGUAUAAUUUCGAGCUAUAUGCUGGCAACUGCUGCUUCGUCUAUAUGGCAGUGUACUCCAAUAAGCAGGGCCUGGGACAAGUCUGUACCGGGAACAUGCAUCAGUAUCACUAGUAACUGGUAUGCGAAUGCGGGCUUCUCGAUCGCUACGGAUAUUAUAAUCCUUGUGCUUCCCAUGCAACCCAUUUUCCGGUCUAAUCUGCCGCCGAAGCAGAAAUGGGCGCUGAUGAUUGUGUUCGCUUUAGGGAUCUUCGUAACCAUAACGAGCAUCCUGCGCAUGCAGACAAUCGAUUUCUCGUCUACGAGCUCCGAUCCUACCUAUGAUGUUGCUUCUUCAACUUGGACAGUUAUUGAAGAGAAUGUUGCCAUAAUCUGUGCGUGUCUUCCUAUGUGUAAAGUACCGCUCAACUGGCUAUUUCCGUCGGUAUUUAUGUCGACAUCAAAGCGCACCUCAUCUAGCUAUAAGCCGAGCCAACCGACGAAUAACUCCGGUCGGAAUUAUUGGGCCCCGACCCGCGGUGACAGCGAGAUGCUGAGCACGCGUGUGACAUCUGUUCAGGGAUGUAAGUCUACCGGUAGUAGCAAUAGUCAGGAGUAUAUGUUAGAAGAGACUGGAUCACUAGAUCGUAGCAGCGAUGUGGAGGAAGUUCGGGGUAUUCGGAAAGUUAUUCAAUAUGAUAUCACAGUACAUACAUCCGGUGGUAGUAAAGAGUCGGUCUGAAUCCUAGGGUCCCAAUUGGAAUCAUAUAUUUAUAGAAAUAUUGGUAUGACAAGAAGGUGGUGUAAAUAGACCGGUAGAAACAAUAGGCUUUGCGAAUAAGUUGCCGUCUGUCAAGUGUAUGUUGUAAUGAGAAUGAGCGCUCCCGGUAAUAAUCACGGUUCUCAGUGUGUGGUUUAUAUUUGGAAGCUGGGAAUAUAUGUCACUGGAUUCGAGUUAUAAUGAAUUCUUCGUGCUUUCGGUACGAUACCUAUGAAAAGGGG